CUCCAUGCACAAUGGCACAUAUAAACCGGAUUCAACCCUAGACUAGACACCACUUCACCAUGUUACAGCGUCAAUUCCUUCGUGCUGCUCUACUACGUCCUUCCCACGCAAUCCACACCAGUAAUACUAUCCAUCCAGCUAUAUAUACCUCAAGCAGACAUCUCAACUCUACACCACUGUACUCCACAACUCAACAACACCACUUCUCACACACACCCACCACACCCAAAUCCAACCUACACAAAAUGGCCUCUGCGAGCAACGAGAACUUUAAGCUGGAGAAUCUCUUCGGCGUGAAGGGCAAAGGUAUCCAUCCCAUCCCCACAUACCCCCCUCCUACAUCUCCACCACAACAGCAUACUAACAAAACUGCCAGUUGCCCUAAUCACCGGCGGCGGCUCCGGCAUCGGCCUAAUGGCGACCCAAGCACUGGCAACCAACGGGGCAAAAGUAUACAUCACCGGCCGAACGGAAGAGAAACUCUCCCGGGUAGCAAGCCUCUACAACAAGAACAUAAGCGGGGAGAUCAUCCCAAUCGUGUCAGACAUCACCUCCAAAGAAUCCAUCAGCAAACUAGUGAAGGAGAUAGAAUCGCGCGAAUCCCACCUCUCCAUCCGGACGAAUGUCAUGCAGUUGUAUUUCACCACGACGGCGUUCUUGCCGCUGUUGCAGAAGGGGUCCGAGAGGGAGAAGGGGUGGAGUAGUACGGUGGUGAAUAUUACCAGUAUCUCGGGGAUUGUGAAGGUGUCGCAGCAUCAUUUCGCGUAUAAUGCUAGUAAGGCGGCGGCGAUUCAUUUGACGAAGAUGCUGGCGCAUGAGGUGGCAGAUAGUGGGUUGAGGAUUAGGGUGAAUAAUAUUGCUCCCGGGGUGUUUCCGAGUGAGAUGACGGCCGGGGAGAGCGAUGAGAAGCAGAAGAGUGAGUUGGCGAAGGAGAAGUAUGAGGGUAAGGUGCCGGCGGCGAGACCGGGCAAGGAUGAGGAUAUGGCUAGUGCGGUGUUGUUUGUUAGUACGAAUCAGUAUUUGAAUGGGCAGACGGUUGUCGUGGAUGGGGGGUAUGUGUUGGCUGCUGGGACGGUUUAGUGUAUUGUUAUGUGUGAUUGUGAAUAUGAUGAAUGUAUGUUAUUGAUGUACAUCAAGGUUAUACAUCCACUCCGAUCUCAUCACUUCAGAUGCUUUGAUCCGUCGAUUGGCAUCGGGGUUUAGCAUCGCGUAUA